GUUGAAAAUAAACAAACCCCAAAAGAAUAAAGAGAGAAAAGGGCAAGAAAAUUUAAAGAAAGAUUUGUUGUGCUGGAUACUAGGAGUAAAAGAGAAAAAAAGCAAUAGUUUUCCAAGUAUAAUAGUAUAAGGUAAAAAAGAAGUUACUGUUUUUGAGGCAUUCACAUUUUUUUUUUAAAACCAAUUGAGAGAGUAAUGGCUGGGUACAGAGCUGAAGAUGACUACGACUACUUAUUCAAGGUGGUAUUGAUUGGUGAUUCAGGUGUUGGUAAGUCCAAUUUGCUUUCAAGAUUCACUAGAAAUGAGUUUAGUCUUGAGUCCAAGUCAACAAUUGGUGUUGAAUUUGCUACCAAAAGUUUAACUGUUGAUACUAAAGUCAUCAAGGCUCAAAUUUGGGACACUGCUGGCCAAGAAAGAAAUUGUAACGGCUGUAUUGCUUUGUUGUGUAGGUACCGUGCCAUCACCAGUGCCUACUACAGAGGUGCUGUAGGUGCUUUGCUUGUGUAUGAUGUCACUCGCCAUUCCACAUUUGAAAAUGUUGAGAGGUGGCUUAAGGAGUUGAGAGAUCAUACAGACCCCAACAUUGUUGUCAUGCUUGUCGGAAACAAAUCUGAUCUGCGACAUCUGGUUGCAGUGUCGACUGAGGACGGGAAGUCCUUCGCGGAAAAGGAAUCCCUCUACUUCAUGGAAACUUCUGCCCUCGAAGCUACAAAUGUCGAUAAUGCAUUUGCUGAAGUUCUUACUCAAAUCUACCAUGUCAUGAGCAGAAAGGCCAUGGAAAAUGGUGAGAAUGGAAACGGAAACGUCCCUUCCCAUGGAGAAAAGAUUGAUGUAGGUAAAGAAGUAUCCGAUGUCAAGAAAUCUGGUUGCUGCUCAACCUAGGGGCUAAUCUAUGCUGCUGUGUCCGGUUCUAGGCACACCAAUAGUGUAAAAUUCUCAAGACUACCUAUGACGCGAUCCUAUUUCAUAGGAAUUACUGCCUUUUAAUUGUUUUUCUUUUGGUUGGUAGUAAGGAACGCCAAUAUUAGAGAACCUUGCCUAAUGGAACCCUUGUGUAGACCUGUUAUGGCUCAACUAUUGAAUCAUUCUUUCUCUCUUUUCAA